AGUCAUCACAUAGCCACAACUUCAAUCAAGACUAGAUCGAAGAACUGCACACUCAGCACAUGAAAUUACACUUGAUGAUCAAUAAUCAAUGAUGAGAGAAGAUGAUUGGAAACUCAAGCGAAAGAGAGUUUGAAGGAAAACAAACUAAUCAAACCGUGGCUAAUAUAGAUAGUAGGCUGUCAAAGGGAGCAUCAACUUCAAGACAAUUAUCCGCUUUCAAGAAUCCAAGAAUAGUACGAGUGUCGCGUGCAUUCGGAGGAAAAGAUAGACAUAGCAAAGUAUACACGGUAAGAGGGUUAAGAGAUAGACGAAUUAGACUUUCAGUGCCCACAGCUAUUCAACUAUAUGAUCUACAAGAUAGACUUGGCCUUAACCAACCAAGCAAAGUUGUCGAUUGGUUGUUAGAAGUCACCAAGGAUGAUAUCGACAAGCUUCCCCCACUCCAAAUUCCCAUUGCAAAUUUCAACAAUUUGCAUCACCCACAAACCCUAGAUUCUCAUGAGCCAAAAGUUCAUCAAUCUUUAAUCUCCCACUUACAAGAUCAACACCACGAAAAUGAAAGUGAUCAAGGGAACUAUAGAAAUGCCCAAAACUUCUUUCCAGUGUCAAACAAUUUCCCAUUCCCAACAAUACUAAACAAUGCCAUUCCAUACAACCCUAACUCUUAUAUUUGGGACCCAACUUCUUUGUCACAAUAUGGAGGCCAUGGAGCCUUGCCACAACAAGAAAACCCCAACCCUACUUCGGCUUCUCAAUUAUAUCUUUAUCAUUCAUCAGCUGGGCCAUCGGUUUUACCUUCUUUUCAACCUUCAAUUGCAAUUCCUACCAUAGAGAAUAUCGAUGCUAGUAAUAGGCAAAUCAACCACUUCCAAUUCAUGAACCCCACAAACCCUCUUACUUCCUCGAUGUUUCAUCGCCUUCAUCCACAACACAAGAAAGGAGGAACCACAAACAACAGUCCUUGAAAUUAUGAAGCAUGUGUACUAAAAAAAACUGCAUGCCUAUAUCUAUCUUAUACAUGAUUACUCAAAGGGAUACCAAUAUAUAUAUAGAUAGAAUGAUAGUUUGCUUUUAUGGUUAAUUAAUUAUGACCAUUAAUAAUAUAUAAAGACAAUGUCAUUUGAAUUUAUAUGUAAUUUUGUGUGAUGCCUGAGAGGCAUAUAUAUGUCUUCUUAUGCAUGGAUAAAUUAAAGGAGUGAAGUUAAGAUAAUUAUAUAUAUUUAGUUGUUUGUUUAUGGAAGCUUAAUAGUUUAAAUACAAAUGAAUUAAGCAUGCAUUAUUAUUAUUAU